AAACUUUUGAAUAGGUAAUAUGUGCUAUCUAGAAUGGCGAAAAAAAAUGCAAAUGCAUUGCCCUGAUUAUUACAAUUAUACAGUAAUGUACCAAUCAAUAAUUCAAAUAAUUGAAUAAAUGGCUCCUUUUUUAAUCAUAAUUUAUAAAUUCCCAAUUCAUUCGUAUUAGAAAAACCGUUACUUAAAAUUAAAAAAUAAAUCCUUCUCAAUCAUUAUAAAAACGCGCGAACCACGUUCAUAAAAACGAUAACCCUCAUUGGAAGGAAACAUAGUACCUCACCAACCAAUAGAAUUGCAGGAGUGCUAUGGAAAUAGUAUAAAUACAACGCGACUGAUCGAAACUAGUAUUGUUGUAUCCUGCACCUAAACGAUACGUUCGUGUCUUGACUUUAACGAAAUCAUUCGUAAUGGCUCGUACCAAGCAAACUGCCCGUAAAUCCACUGGUGGAAAAGCCCCGAGAAAGCAACUUGCCACCAAAGCCGCCCGUAAAAGCGCGCCAGCUACCGGAGGAGUGAAAAAACCCCACAGAUAUCGUCCUGGAACUGUCGCCUUGAGAGAAAUCCGUCGUUACCAGAAAAGUACUGAACUACUGAUCCGUAAAUUGCCAUUCCAACGGUUAGUUCGUGAAAUCGCUCAAGAUUUCAAGACUGAUUUACGAUUCCAAAGUUCGGCUGUUAUGGCUCUGCAAGAGGCUAGCGAAGCUUACUUGGUAGGUCUUUUCGAAGACACUAACUUGUGCGCUAUCCAUGCCAAACGUGUAACCAUCAUGCCUAAGGAUAUUCAACUCGCUCGUAGAAUUCGUGGAGAAAGAGCUUAAGUUGAAUUCUUCUUCGAUUGUUUUAAUAAAACGGCCCUUUUCAGGGCCAAAA